AUGACUUGGACCUGGCGAGACAGCGGGCUGCUGGCUGCGGGUGCUGUUGGUCGCUUGGUCGAUGCACAACGGGUCAAGCGUUGGUAUUUUGACCGUGUGGCAUCAGGCAAUGCUGGGGCUGGGGGUGGUGCCGCCGCGACCCUCUUGGCGAUGGCUCGCGCACGGAGCCCUCUUCGGGACGCCGCUGGCGCUGGCGGCGCGGGCGCUCCGCCCGCGCCGGUGGAGGUGAUGAAAGCGGAGGAACGAAAGGCGUUGCUUCUACAACAGCUGGCAGGACACUUGAAGGGCACCACGGAUACUUGGAUGAGCAUCAUGGUGGCGAGCUGGGUAUUAUGGAUUGACGCCACUGUUAUGGCCAUGAUUUACCUGGGCGAUCAGCUGGGGCUCUACAAGCAGAUGGCCAGUCGCGGGAGCACCUGGACGGCCUCCAGGCUGGCCAAAGCUGCUGGAGGCCUUCAAGCGCGCUUGGUGCAGGAGUGGUUGGCCCAACAAGCGGCUGCUGGCCUGGUGGAUUUUGAUCCCAAGAAGGGGACCUUUUCCCUGUCCUCUGCAUGCGUCCCGCUCUUGGCAGAGCCGUUGAGUGGCAGUUUUUUCGCACCCUAUGCCACGCUGAUGUUGGCCUGCUGGAAGCGCAUUCCAACCAUGAUGGAUGCCUUUAGAGGCCAAUGCCUGGCUCCCAGCUAUGACGAAGCGGGUGAGGACUUGGCAGAUGCCAUGGCCAGGCUGCAUGUGCCCGAGGUGAAGUUCAACUUCAUCCCCAAGGUGCUUCCCUUGAUCCAAGACGGUUCGCUGCUGCAGCGCCUGAACUCCGAGAAUCUGCUGUGUGCGGAUGUGGGCGCCAGUGGCGCGGACUGCACCAUGGAAAUGGCCCUGCAGUUCCCGAAAGCGACGUUUCACGCAUACGAGGUAGCCGACCCCGCCUUGGAUCGUGCCCGAGAAAACGUCAAGCGACGAGGGCUACAGAACUUGAAGAUCAUCGACGCCAAGAUCCAUCCCCUUGGCAAGGCGAUCAGCAGUGGCCAGGUGAAACAACGCUAUGACUUUGUCAUGUGCUACGAUGUGCUACACGACUUGGCUCAUCCUGAACAAUUGAUCGAAGAAGUCAGGGAGGUCUUAGCGCCCGGUGGAGUUUGGGUCAUUGUGGAUAUCGCCUCCAACGGCGAGAUGGCCGAAAACGUGCGAAAUCAUCAGAAGGCUGCGACCUACUACGGCAUUUCGGUCUGCGUCUGUCUGCCCAGCGGCCUCUCCGCGGACGGCGGAAGGGGCCUGGGCACCUUGGGCUUUCCGCCGGAGGUCGCGGAGCCCAUGUUCCGCGGCAACGGCUUUUCCAAGAUUCGCUCCUUCCAGAUGCCCAGCUUGGAGAAGAACCAAGUCUACGAAGUGCAGAUUUGA